CGUAUACCGCAGCCAUAUAGAUACCUUCAGAUAUCAGGUUGUGAGUUGAGUCAAUGGUAAAUAAGUCAGGCACGUGGACGGUAGAAUGCAUAACAAGUUGUUCAGGUGGUUGGCAUUUAGCUGAGGGAAAAGUGAGACGUGAACUUGUAAUUUCAGACGUUCUGGCUUGGUGUCCCGAUUUUUCAUCGCUCCAGGGCCAUUUGAAAUUCCAGAGUUUGAUUGGACUUCAAAAAAUGAAAGCUGCAUCACAUUCGACUUGUACAUUUAAUCCCCCAACAUUUUACAAUUUGUCCAAUUUUGUUUUUAAAAUGACUUUGGGACUUUAAAUUGGCCAUUUUUCUAUGGUCAGUGUUAGCACCCCCCCCCUUAAAUAUCAGCCAAUUGCGCACUCUUCAUUCACACAUCAUCUCUGAUCUGAGCGGGAAUAGCACUGUGUGCCAUUGAGUGGCUACUGGACAGGCAAUUGUGCCAAACAUCGCGGUGUGAGUAGAGCCUCUCCCACACAAUCUGGCAGGGACUUAACUUGAAUGUGUGAAGUCAUCGACGGCGGUACUGUUAGAGAACGCUGCUCAGGACUUGGUGUUGACUUUGAUUGUAUGCCAGCUGGACCAGUUGCUAAGGUGGAUGUGGAGUAACAGUGUCCUCUCAAGCAGUCCUCGUCACUUGUCAAGCGUUGGAGUAUUGCACCAGUCAACCUGUACAGCUCAGCACCGGGAUCAGACUAAACAAUUUUCGUUGAACGGCGUAAAUUUGGAUGCGGCAUAAUUGAGUUUUCUUGGAGAAUGCUCAGUCGAAGUGUCGGAUUGGAGUAAAAAAUAAAAGCGAAUCACAUAGGGCCUACAUGGCGACAGCAAGUAACAUACCGAUGAGUGAAGACGACGAUCUGCAGUUGGAUCCUGUGCCGGGGGAUCUGUCCUAUGGUUCGUUUGCGGCCAUGGAUUUCAUCAUACUCAAUGUAAACGGCGUGGACCUUUCCAAGGCCACCCACGAAGAAGCCGUGGAGGCCUUCAAGAACGCCACGGAGCCCAUCAUCGUUCAAGUCCUGCGCCGGGCACCGCGCAGCAAAGCACCGGGCGACAAGGAAGGCGCGGCGCUGUGCAACGUGGGCACGCAGACGGAGCUGCAGAGCGAGGAUCUGCUGUGGAAGGUGCUGCAGCGGUGCCCCAGCCCGCUGGACUCCAAGAAUGGAGACCUGGUCAUGGACGGGCUGUGUGAGAUUUCACCCCAGGAGCAGAUGACUGUCAUCGAUGACGACCUGAUGAAUGACUUGGAUGCCAUGGACAAUGUGGACAUUCCCAUCAUAGACGAGGACGGGAUGGACAAAGCAUAUGAACUGGAAUACGAGGAUGUGACGCUAAGGAGGGAUACUGGCGGUGCCAAACUCGGUCUGACGCUGUGUUAUGGAACAGAGGAAGACACAGGGAUCUUCAUUAGUGAGGUUGACCCUAACAGCAUAGCAGGCGAAGAUGGAAGAAUUAGAGAAGGGGAUCAAAUACUUCAGAUAAACGGUGAAGAUGUCCACAGCAAUGACCACGCCCUGUCGCUGUUUACCCAGCAGUCAGAUACUACCUCAUUACUAGUGUGCAGAUCCCAACUACAGUAUGAUGAAUGUCUCUUUGACGAACACAAUGCCUUACUGGAGGACAUACAACUGGACAUGCUCGAGCAAACACACCAAGAAGCCAUGCAGUUCACAUCGUGCUUACUCGCAGAGCAUGACAGCAGACAACUUGAUGACGAUAGCAAGACAGACACAACAGGCACCACAGAGACGACCUCCCUUCAUCACGAGAAGGACAGUGGGGUUGGCCGAGCUACGGACGAGAGCGUGCGCAAUGACGAAAGCUCCGGACAGGAGAACGACUGUAGCAGCACGCACCAGAAGUACGUCCCCCAGCAGGCCAGACUGGGCAGCAGGGAUCUGAGAUACAGCAACGACAGCUUCAUCUCCAAUGGAGUAACGGAGGCGGACUUCCCCGCCCACGAGAUCUCGCUGGAGGACUGUAUGAAAUUCCAGGCGGCACUGGAGAGCAAGUGCGACAAGCACAUGAGGAGCGACACGGAUGAAAGCAUGAGGGGGAAGGAGUCAAAGGUCAUGAGGCUGGGGUCUGACUCCAUGGAGACUACCAGCCUGAGUGGGGACUCGCUCAGCCGCACCAGCCGAAAUCGAUCCGGGGCCAGCGACCAGGACGAGGCGACAAAACACAGGGAUGGCACCAAGAGUAACGUCUGGGUGGCCCAGCAGAAUGGACAAAAGAGUCUGGUACCCAACGGGAGGCCUCAGGGUAGUCCAGAAGAACCCCAGGAUCAAGGAUUUGAGCUAGAGUCCAGGAAACUGGAGAUGAUUGUGGAGAAUGGCCAGGUUGGCAGCCCAACUCACAGACCCACAGAGCUUGUUCUUGAUAGCUUAAGGAACUCAGACAAUGGCCUCCACCAGAUGAGCCCCAGUGAAAAAGACACCAAAACCAUGACAUCGAGUUCUUCAGGCUCAACAAGACAGCACCGAGCACCUAGAACUGUCCCUGGGAGUCCAAGCAGGAGCAAGUCCUCAUCUGGCUCAAGGGACAGAUCAAAGAGCUCCAGCUCCUCUGGAUCAGGCAAAGAGAAAUCAAGCCCAGUCAAGACAGCAUCAGAGAAAGACAGUGAAGCCAAUGUUCCUCCCUAUCCCCCAAAGCCCUACCGUCGAAGACCCGCAACCAAUCCCCACCUUCGUGCUCAACAGUGCGUGCAACGCAACCCGUAUGUCUUGCAGCAAGAAGAGGCUGCGGCCCAUCUCAUCCGGCAGAACUGGAAGCUCCAGCAGCAGAACCGUCAGCUCAAGAAGAGUCUAGAGUCUCUGGGCCCUAGCCAGAAGCUGCAGCCUUGCCAGUCCAUCAUGUCUAUCCCCAGCCAUGCCAAGCACUACCGCAGCUACCUGCAUCUGGUCAACCAGAACGAGGAGAACUCCUUAGGGCCCAGCCAGCCCAGCAAGAUCAUCAACCACAAUGAGUGGAAGGUGAAGAUCCGCAGCGAUGGCACCCGCUAUAUCACCAAGAAGAACACCAGGGGGAAGAUCCUGAAGGACCGGGCCAACAAGAUCCAGGAGGAGCGGGGCGGGCUGACAACGGACGAUGAGGCAAUGAGUGAGAUGAAGCUGGGCAGAUACUGGAGCAAGGAGGAUCGGAAGCGGCACCUGGAGAGGGCGAGGGACCAGCGACUCCGCCGGGAAUACAUGGAGCAGUCCCGCAUGGAAUGCCUGCAGGAACAGAUGGAAGAUGAGGGCAAAAAGGAACCCAACAUUGUGGAACUGAGCCAGCGCAAGAUGCUGAGGAAAAAGAGCGGGCGCAAAAUGAUGCUGGAUGACUUCACCACGGUUCAAGAGAUGCUUGUCCACGGUACAAGAGUGAGUCCAGAAACUGCCAAAGCCUUCUACAACCCCCUGCUCAACGUCACAACAGUAUGACACCCAUACAGCUAAAAUACGAUCAGUGGCAUGAAAAUAAAAAAAAUUACAAAAAUGUGAA